ACUCUCUCUCCCCCCACCCCGCCGAAGAGUAGCAAGCAGUAAACGCAGCACGCGUAAUCACCCCCCUCUUCCUUAACAUUCUCUCCAUUAUUCCCCACUCGACCGUUGCUCGCGCUCCUUCUCCCCCUCUCCCUCUCCUCUCUCUCCUCUGUCGCUAAAACUCCAAGCUUUCAUGGCGACGAGCUCCGUGGACGACAAUGGCGGAGGAGGAGAGAGAACGAACGAUGCCGCGGAGGCUGCGCAUCCGUACGACUUCCAUGUGUCGGGCCCUCGCAACCUCUCCUCCCCCAAUUGGAGGGAUCUCAUCCGAUCCAGCUGGAAGGAUCCAAAUUACAGGAGGAUGGUCAUAGCAUGCUUCAUUCAAGCAGUUUACUUGCUGGAAUUAGAUCGACAAGAGAACAAGAGCGAAGGCGACGGCCUCGCGCCCAAAUGGUGGAAGCCCUUCAAGUACAAGCUAUCUCAAACGCUCGUCGACGAAAGAGACGGUUCCAUAUACGGCGCGGUCCUAGAAUGGGACCGAACCGCCGCUCUAUCCGAUUUUAUAGUGAUAAGACCAAGCGGCGCGCCAAAAGCGGUACUUGCGGUUCGAGGCACCCUUCUGAAGAGCCCGACGAUCAGAAGAGAUCUCGAAGAUGAUCUUCGUUUCCUCGCGUGGGAGAGCUUGAAAGGUUCGGUUCGAUUCGUCGGUACUUUAGAAACAGUGAAAGCUUUGGUUGGUAAGUUCGGUAGCAGCAAUGUGUGCAUCGGCGGGCACUCUUUGGGGGCCGGAUUCGCUCUCCAGGUCGGCAAAGCGAUGGCCAAGCAAGGUGUUUUCAUAGAGUGCCAUUUGUUCAAUCCGCCUUCCGUUUCGAUAGCCGCGAGCGUGCGGAGUAUCGGCGAGAAGGCGAGUAAUCUGUGGGGCAGAGUUAAAGCGAGCUUGCCUUCGAAGUGCGAGGGAGAGGAGAAGGUUUGCGGGAACGAAGGGAAGAGGCUGUGCACAGAGAUGAAGAAAUGGGUGCCGCAUUUGUAUGUAAACAGCAGCGACUACAUUUGCUCGUAUUACGCUUCGAUCGAGGACGGUAGCGAUUCGGAUGGCGCGGAGGCGGGCAAUGUGCAGCAGGUAGGAGAAGUCGCGAAGCUCUUCGUGAUGUCGAAAGGGCCGCAGAAGUUUCUGGAGGCUCAUGGCUUGCAGCAGUGGUGGUCGGGGGAUGCCGAACUGCAGCUGGCUCUGCACCAUAGCAAGCUCAUCAACAGGCAGCUGAGAUCUUUGUACACAAUGCCACCAACAUCUUCUACCGCGAAAUCGUAGGAUUCGGAUUCUAAGUUUGUUUCUCGAAUUGUUUUUUCUUUUUCUUCUUUUUAAAUGCUCUUCUCGAGUAUAUGAAUCAAGAGACUUGUGUAAAAGUGUAGGAUGUAAGCAUAAAAGGGACUUUGUUUGUU